CUCUAUCGCCUGAUCGAUCGAUCGAUCAUCGCAUUGGUGUAACCAUGAACGAGAAAGCCAACGUUUCUAAAGAGCUCAACGCCAAACACAAAAAGAUAUUAGAAGGACUUCUUAAAUUACCAGAGAAUAGGGAAUGUGCUGAUUGCAAAGCUAAAGGACCAAGAUGGGCUAGUGUCAAUCUUGGAAUUUUUAUUUGCAUGAGUUGUUCAGGAAUACAUCGAAGUCUUGGGGUACAUAUUUCAAAGGUUCGUUCUGCUACUUUGGACACCUGGCUCCCAGAGCAGGUUGCAUUUAUUCAAUCUAUGGGAAAUGAGAGAGCAAAUAGUUACUGGGAAGCAGAAUUACCUACAAAUUAUGACAGAGUUGGCGUUGAAAACUUCAUCCGUGCAAAGUAUGAAGACAAGAGAUGGGUUGCAAAGGAUACUAAGCCAAAAUCACCUUCUAGACUGAUAGAAGAGAAAAGUCCUUCACAAUGGCAAAAGCCCGUGGACAAUACUUUUGAGGAAAGGAAGAAAAUCCAACCGUCAAAUGCAAUUCCUGCUACUAGAAUUAGUGUUCUUGCUCCUCCUAAAGGACAUGUGCAGGUAACUCCAGUGGCUAAACAUCAGCAUAUUGAGAAAGUGGAACCUCUGGUGCCACAAGUGCAAACUGAAACAUCACAGACGGCUGCUACAGUUUCUAAUCCCCCUCCAAAAGUUGACUUUGCGACAGACCUUUUUGACAUGUUGUCUAUGGAUGAUCCAAAUGAAAAGGGCUCUGACGCAGCUGAUGCUACUGCUGACGAUGAUAACAACUGGGCAGGUUUUCAGUCUGCUGCAGAGACGUCAACAGCCGAGAAAACUGACCCCAGAAAAUCGGUUGAGAGUACACCCCAGCCUACCUCUGGAAUUGAGGAUCUGUUUAACGACUCAUCUUCAGUGACGCCAAGUUCUUCUCUUGAAAAACCACAAAAAGAUGUAAAAAAUGAUAUUAUGAGCCUUUUUGAAAAGAACAACAAUAUAGUGUCUCCAUUUGCUAUGCAUCAACAACAGUUGGCUAUGCUGGCACAGCAACAGUCUCUUCUAAUGGCAGCUGCUGCCGCUGCUAAAUCUGCUAGUGGGGAUGUGAAAUAUCCUGCUAAUGUACAGCAACCUGGUUCCAACAUUCCUUUCCAAAGUUGGCCAGCUGCAAGCUACCCAAUUCCAGGAGUAAUGCCCGUGGGUGGUCAGGGAGAAUUGCAGAAAAUUAUGCAGACAAUAAACAUGACAUCCACUCGUCCAGCAGGGAGCUCAGUUCAGUAUCCACCAUCUAGUUUUUUUACAAUGCCGCAAGUUGCUCCAGUUAAUGGCACAACGACAGCGGUGGCAAGUAAACCUCAAUCAGCAACUCCGGUAUCGACAAACACUACACAAACGGCGAAUGAUUAUGAUUUUUCCUCGUUAACACAAGGAAUGUUUGCGAAACCCUGAUUGGCUUUUGUUUGAUAUUUUCCCUCUGUGGGUCAUACAUACCAUGGAAAACUAGUUAAAUUUACAGAAAAGAGCACUUCUUUUUUCACCUUCCCUUGACUCAUCAUUGGGUUGUAAACCAUUUGUAGAGCUACUAAGCCAGUUCGAUUCUUCCUUUAUUUUUUAUAUGAAGUUUUUUAUCUUCUUUCGGGUGAUUGCUUCAUUUGUAUCGAUAGGUGUAUUUUUACAACAAAAUAUAGUGUUAUUUUUAUAUGGUCCUGUAUUUCCUUCCUUAUACAUCUUCUGGACUACGGGUGUUAGGUCUUCCACUAUGAUGUAUAAAAACUUGUUCAAUUAUGUAUAAAAACUGGUUAAAUUAUUAAUAUU